AUGGCGAAUUUACUCCGCGGCCCCCCUUUUGUUUCUUCCCGAUCUCGUCGGUUCGGUUUGUGCUGCAGGGAAACGCGAACGCCGGUGCUGGGGCUGAUCAUCACGGCCCCGGUGGGCAGCGUCGGGAGCGUCUACCACGCGGUCUCCGAUUGCCGGCGGCUGUCGGAGGAGUUCACGGCGGAGGGAUCGGUGGUGCUCCGAGUCACGGCCGAAGUAGGACAGGUGGAGGAAGUGCGGCGAAGAAUCCAAGACGCCACCAAGGGGGCCGCCGAGGUUGUGGAGGAGGGGCCUUAA